UUGAUUGAGGGGACAAGAAUGUCCAUGAUCUUUAAAUGUUGUUAUCUGGUUGUGUUUGUUGUUUUACUUUCUUGUGUUUUUCUGAUUUUUUUUUCGGCCGUUGACAUAUACCGAUGGCUCGUACCAAGUAAACUGCUCGUAUGUCAACCGGUGGAAAAGUUCCCAGGAAGCAGCUUGCAACCAAGGCUGGUCGUAAGUCUGUAUCAACCAUCGGUGGGAUCAAGAAGCCGCAUCGUUACCGUCCUGGAACCGUUGCUCUUCGUGAGAUUAGGAAGUACCAGAAGAGUACUGAUGUGCUGAUCAGGAAACUCCCUUUCCAGAGGUUGGUUCGUGAAAUUGCUCAGGACUUCAAGACUGACCUGCGUUUCCAGAGUCAUGUUGUCCUUGCAUUGCAAGAAGCUGCUGAGGCAUACCUCGUUGGACUCUUUGAGGACACCAACUUAUGUGCCAUCCAUCCUAAGCGUGUCACUAUCAUGCCUAAGGAUAUCCUGUUAGCAAGGAGGAUUCGUGGUGAGCAUACUUGAUGUGGUACGUUUGGUGCUGGUCAUAUGGGGUGGCUGUGGAAGUGUUUUGUUAUUUAGAUUUCUUUUUGUUGAAGCUUAUUAGUGGUAUAGUUGUUUACUAGUAGUCUCAUCAAUUGUGGUAGGAACAUACUGCCAUAAUUUGUGAAGCUCGGAUUAUUAGUAAUUGUGGAGUUUGGUUCUCUGGUUCUGUGAAUUGCUAUCGUAAUUUCUGGACAUGCAGGCAUUUGGUAAUUGUA